GCGGAGUCGCUGCGAAGUCGCUCUGUGCGUGUCGCGGUGCGGCGGAGCCUGCCUCCGGGCCCGGCGGGAUUAGCAGCGGGCUGGCCCGAGGGCAGGCGGCCGGUGGUCGUCCUUGCGAACCGCUGGCAGGUCCGUCGACUACGUGAGGGGGCUUCCGGAGGUUCGCGGAUGCGGCGUGUUAGGAAGAAACCGCGCGAGAAUUUAAAAUGCUUUUGCGCCAAAUUAGACUUAACUUCUAAUUCCAUCUUUCCACCGACUUUUGCAGUAACCUUACGACUUGAGCACUGCUGGUUGCUAGGUUAUCCCACGGCGUCGUCUUCCUGCCCUGUUCUCUAAGUUAUAAUAGGCAUUGUGACAUCACACUGGGUUUAUAUAUUACAGCUUACGCUCUCUUGUUUAAGAUUUUGUUUAUUUGAAAGAUUUACGCAGAGGGAGAGAGAUCUUCUGGCUGCAACAGCUGGGGCUGGCCAGGCUGAAGCCAGGAGCUUCUCCUGGGUCUCCCACGGGGUGCAGGGGCCCAAAUGUUUGGCCCAUCUUCUGCUGCCUUCCCAGGCCAUUAGCAGGGAGUAGAUCAGAAGUGGAGCAGCCGGGACUCGAACCGGCGCCCAUCUGGGAUGCCGGCACUGCAGGCGGCGCGUUGCACUACACCACCGCACAAGCCUGUGACAGAGAUGGCUGGUGCCUGCUCCUCCUCCCUCCUCCCUGCCAAUGUCACUGUCAGUCCUGACCCCUCCUCUUACAGCGUACCCAGACUUUACUGAAGGAGUACAAGGAAAGGAACAAGUCCAAUGUGUUCGCAGACAGGCGCUUUGGGGAGUACGAUGGCAGCAUGAGCCCCGAGGAGAAGAUGAUGCAGCGGUUUGCUCUGGAGCAGCAGAAACAUCAUGAGAAAAAAAGCGUCUACAACCUGAACGAAGAUGAAGAGCUAACCCAUUACGGCCAGUCUUUGGCAGACAUCGAAAAGCACCAUGACGUGGUGGACAGUGACAGUGAUGCUGAGGACCGAGGGACGUUGUCUGCUGAGCUGACUGCUGCCCACUUUGGAGGUGGUGGUGGACUGCUUCAUAAGAGUGCCUCCCAGCAGGAGGGCAAGGCGGGGGAGCACCCGAAGUCUCGGAGAGAACUGAUUGAGGAGCUCAUCGCGCAGUCCAAGCAAGAGAAGAGAGAGCGACAAGCCCAACGAGAAGAUGCCCUUGAGCUCACGGAAAAGCUGGACCAAGACUGGAAAGAGAUCCAGACUCUCCUGUCGCACAGAAAGCCCAAGGCAGAGGCCAGAGAGAGAAAGGAGACGCCCAAGCCCGAUGCCUAUGACAUGGUGGUGCGUGAGCUCGGCUUUGAAAUGAAGGCGCAGCCCUCCAACAGGAUGAAAACGGAAGAGGAGCUGGCAAGGGAGGAGCAGGAGCGGCUCCGGAAGCUGGAGGCUGACAGACUUCGAAGAAUGCGCGGAAGGGACGAGGGUGACAGCAGGAAGGAACCGCAGCAUGCGUCUGCAGAUGACUUAGACGACGGCUUCGUGCUGGACGUGGAUGAUAGGCGAUUGCUUUCUUACAGGGAUGGGAAGAUGAACGUCGAGGACGAUGUGCGGGAAGAGCAGAGUCAGGAAGGCAGCGGCACUGAGAGCGAGGAGGAGGGGGCGGACUCCGAGGAGAGUGACGGCCCAGACAGCCACUCAGACCUGGAGUCCAACACAGGGAGCGAGGGAGAGGAGAGGCCAGGGGGCCAGCAGCGUCAGACUCCUCAGAGAAGGGUGACCAGUGGUGAGCCCGGAGCUGCAGGAGCUGAGCUGCCCUACACGUUUGCAGCUCCUGAAUCCUACGAGGCCCUGAGGUCCUUGCUGUCGGGAAGGCCCAUGGAAGAGCAGUCUCUGGUGGUGGAGAGAAUUCAGAAAUGCAACCAUCCAAGUCUCGCAGAGGGCAACAAAGCCAAGCUAGAGAAGCUGUUUGGCUUCCUUUUGGAAUACGUGGGAGAUUUGGCAACAAGCGACCCGCCAGACCUCAGAGUAAUCGAUAAGUUGGUUGUGCAGCUGUACAAUCUCUGCCAGAUGUUUCCCGAAGCCGCGAGCAGCGCCGUGCAGUUUGUCCUGCGGGAUGCCAUGCAUGAGCUGCAAGAGAGGCUUGAGACCAGAGGCCGGGCGGCGUUUCCGGGGCUGGACGUGCUCGUCUACUUGAAGAUUGCUGGGCUGCUGUUUCCGACCUCUGACUUCUGGCACCCCGUGGUGACGCCCGCCCUGGUGUGCAUGAGCCAGCUGCUCACCAAGUGCCCUGUGCUGUGCCUCCGCGAUGUGGUGAAGGGCCUGUUCGUGUGCAGCCUGUUCCUGGACUACGUGUCUCUGUCUCGGAGGUUCAUCCCGGAGCUCCUCUGCUUCCUCCUGGGAAUUCUCUACACGGCGACUCCAAACAGGCCAAGCCGAGGUUACACCCUGGUGCACCCUUUCAGAGCCCUCGGCAAGAACUCCGAAUUGCUCUUGGUGUCUGACCAGGAGGACGUGGCCACGUGGCAGAGGGGGAGCCUCCCCCUGCAUUGGGCGAGCGGGCUGAGAGCCCAGACUGCGGCCGAGGCCAACCACACCAGGCUGUCCUGCCUGGCUGUGUGCCUGGCCCUGCUGAAGCACGCCGUGCAGCUGUACCGCGCACUGCCCGCCUUCCACGCUGUCUCCAGGCCCCUCGCGGCCCUCCUCACGCAGCACCUGGCCGACUGCAGCCACCCCGGUGAGCUCCAGGAGCUGUGCGGGAGCCUGCUGUCCGACCUGGAGCCGUGUGCGCAGCUGUACCGCCCGCUGACCUGCGAGAGGACCAAGCCCGUGCCCCUGAAGCUGUUCACCCCCCGCCUGGUCAAAGUCCUGGAGUUCGGGAGGACGCAGGGCAGCAGCAGGGCGGAGCAGGAGCGGCGGCGGCUGAUCCACAAGCACAGGCGCGAGUUCAAAGGCGCCGUGCGGGAGAUCCGCAAGGACAACCAGUUCCUGGCCCGGAUGCAGCUGUCGGAGACGCUGGAGCGGGACGCGGAGAGGAAGCGCAGAGUGAAGCAGCUGCUGGGCAGCCUGGCCGCGCAGGAGGGCGAGUGGAAGGCGCUGAAGAGGAAGAAGCUCCAGAGAUAGCCCCGCCCCCGCCCCGCCCCGCCCGCGGGCGGACAAUUACACCUUGUAGAACUGA